AAAGAAACGUAAAUUGCGUAUUCGAAACGCAGGUUGCGUUAGAAACGUAGCUCUUCGUGCAACCAAUUGAAAUACUUCAAAGGGUCACAUGACUGCCCACAAACUUGCUCGUGGUUCUGGUUCUGUCACUGCUUUGAAAUGGUUAUACUAAAAGGAAUCCCAUCAAUACUUACGCCUGAAUUAUUGUAUGUUUUGGCGCAAAUGGGUCAUGGAGAUGAACUGGUUCUUGCAGACGCAAAUUUUCCAGCCGCAUCUAUUUGUAAAUGUGGUCCAGUAGAGAUAAGAGCGGAUGGUGUAGGUAUACCAGAACUUCUGAAGGCAAUACUGAAGCUUUUUCCUCUUGAUACCUAUGAUGAUUCAGCAGCUGUCAUGGACCUUGUGCAGAGUGACAAAUUAAAGGGACUGAAAGUGCCGGUAUGGGACCAGUACUCUGACCUCCUGAAACAAGCAGGAUCAGAUGGUAACUUCAAGUUUGUUGAGCGGUUUGCAUUCUAUGAGCGUGCUAAAAAGGCAUUUGCUGUAGUGGCAACUGGGGAGACAGCACUGUAUGGAAAUCUUAUUAUCAAGAAAGGUGUCAUUCCACCUGAUGAACAAUGCUGAAAGAGUUCGGUAGUUUUUCAUUACCAAAGUGAUUAGACCAAAAGUCCUAUAGACAAU